GAGAGAGACAGAGAGAACCAAAGUCUAGUUUCCUACUGAACUUCCACACAUACACAAGACAGAUCUAAAUCUUAAAAAUGCAAAAAAAAUCAUUCUCCAAUGACAAGUGAGAGAACCACCACAACAAAGCGUCACCACCACCCAGAAGCAAUGCAGCAGCAGCAGCAGCAUCCACCCCAACUCCCCACCUCCUCCACCACCACAACCACCACCACAACAACACUCUCCUUCCUCCUCCUACUCUCUCUCCUCUCCCUCCUUUCUCUCUCCCCCUCCUCCCCCUCCCCUCCUCCCACUCUGCACCCCCACCUCUUCCCUACCCACCGCCUCCUCCUCCCCGCCCCCUCCUCUCUCUCCUCUCUCUCUCCUCCCCCCUCUCCCCCCUCCGUCGCCUACCUCAUCUCCGGAUCCGCCAACGAUUCCGUCCGGAUCCUCCGCCUCCUGCUCGCCGUAUACCACCCCAAGAACCAGUACCUCCUCCACCUCGAUCGCUCCGCUGCCCAAACUGACCGCGACUUCCUCGGCCUUAUUGUGCACUCAAUGCCCGUUUUCAAGGCUGCCCAGAACGUAAACGUGAUCGGGAAGCCCGAUUUCGCGUACCAGAAAGGGUCGUCCCCUCUCUCCUCCGUGCUCCACGGCGCGUCGAUUCUGCUCCGGGUUGACCCGAAUUGGGAUUGGUUUAUCAAUCUCUCUGCUGCUGAUUACCCGCUAGUUUCACAAGAUGAUCUUCUUCACAUCUUGUCAUACCUGCCGAGAGAUCUUAAUUUUGUGAACCACACAAGUUACAUUGGGUGGAGAGAAUCUCGGAAGUUGAAACCCAUAAUUGUGGAUCCGGGGCUGUAUCUUAAGGAGAAAAAUGCGAUGUUUUAUGCUACUCAAAAGCGUGAAUUGCCAGAUGCUUUCCAGUUGUUUAUGGGUUCACCGUCUGCCGUUUUGAGUCGCAAGGUUCUGGAGUUCAGCAUAGUGGGUACAGAGAAUCUACCUAGGACACUACUAAUGUACUUAGCAAACACACCUUCGUCCGCUUCUGUUUACUUCCCAACUCUUCUAUGCAAUUCUCAUGAGUUCAACAAAAGAAUCAUAAACCAUGGUUUGCAGUAUGCUUCUUUCGAUGAAAAAAAGGAGCCCCGCCAUCUCAAAUCUGAGGAUUUUGACAUUCUUAUUGGAAGCGGAGCUGCCUUUGGCUCACCAUUUCUCCCUGAUGAUCCAGUUCUCGACCGCAUUGACCAGGAAAUCUUGAGCCGGAGUUCUGGGAAACCAGUGCCAGGUGGCUGGUGUUUAGGCGAGUUGAAUAACACUUGUGAUGUUUGGGGAGAUGCCAAUGUUUUGAGGCCUGGUCUAGGAGCAAGAAGACUUGAAAACUUUUUUGUUGAAUUGCUCUCAAAUGGGACAUUUCGGUCACAUCAGUGCAUAGUGGAAUGAUCAGCCCAUCUGAUGCAAGAGAUAUGGGACCUUAGAGGGAAGCAGCCCUGCAAGCAGUGGAGGAGGGAAGAACAGAAAGAAUGGUAUACUUGAGGCUGUUCUUUUAACCAUUUGGAAAAUUUUGGCCAACUCUUUCGCAUAUUUUGUAUGCUUAGUUAUUGUUUUCGUGUUAACACGAGAAUCCAUCCGGGUUACAUUGGACCCCACAUGACACAGUGAACCGGUGGUGUUCGCAUCAAGUUAGACAGUGCUUUGCCAGCAAGACGACUACCAGAUCUCUCUGAGCUUAUGCUUGAUUCCAGUGGUAACCGUUUGGAAGACAGGGCUUUACUAGAUGAUGAGUACAAUACCUCUCUGAGUUUAUUGUCGAUACCGGUGGCAACCUUAAACCGUAGGACUGCCCUAGAAGCUUUUGCUUUUGUUUUUUUGUUUUUGACAACUCAGGUGUCCGGGCCAAUUUAUGGUUGAUAUCGCAAGCAGGUUUUGCUUAUUCAAUUUAGAAAUUGUUAUUUCUGAGGGAAAGGUGCUCAAAUUUUUCUUUUUUUCUUUGUCUUCUCUGCAGAAGAUAGAAUGCUUUGUUGAUUAUAUUGAUAUGUAAGAAGACCCACUGAUGUGCAUUGCAUCUUC